UCCCUUUCUCCUCCGAUUCAUUUUUCUCUACACAGUCAGACUAAGAGUCCUCAAAAAGCAAAAUUUAUCCAGAAAAUGGCGGCUGCUCUCCGCGCUCUCAUGCUCUCUCACUCCCCUCCACUUGACGCUUUGGUCGUUCCUUCCGAGGAUUAUCACCAGAGCGAAUACGUAUCCGCGAGGGACAAACGGCGCGAAUUCGUGUCUGGUUUCACCGGAAGCGCUGGAUUGGCACUUAUAACAGCAAAUGAGGCUUUACUUUGGACAGAUGGAAGGUAUUUUUUGCAGGCAGAGCAGGAGCUUACAAAUGAGUGGAAGCUCAUGCGUUCAGGAGAAGACCCAGCUGUUGAUGUCUGGAUGGCUGAUAAUCUGCCAACUGAUGCUGCUAUUGGUAUUGAUCCUUGGUGCAUAUCGGUUGAUACUGCACAUAAGUGGGAGCGUGCUUUUGCUAAGAAGCAACAAAAAUUGAUCCAGACGACUACUAACUUGGUAGAUGAAGUUUGGACUAGUCGACCCCCACCCGAGGCAAAUCCUGUUGUUGUGCACCCAAUUAAGUUUUCUGGUUGUUCUGUUGAAGAUAAGCUGAAGCAGUUGAGGGAAGAGCUUCUGCAAGAAAAAGCCCGUGCUAUUGUACUUUCUGCAUUGGAUGAGGUAGCAUGGCUGUUCAAUGUUCGUGGGUCUGAUGUUUCCUAUUCUCCUGUUGUUCAUGCAUUUGCUAUAGUCACAUCAACUGCAGCUUUCUUUUACGUUGACAAACGAAAGGUGUCUUCUGAGGUGGGGUCUUAUUUGGAGAAAAAUGGUAUUGAGUUGCGUGAUUACAGUGAAGUGAGCUCCGAUGCAGUGUUACUUGCAUCUGACCAGCUUAUGUCUGCCAAGAAAGCUAAAGAAAUGGUAAGCGAUGCCACAGAGACAGCAUCUGGUGGUAUCAAUAAUUCUGCAGAAGAGAAAAGCAAUGACCUCAUAUGGGUUGACCCUGGGACGUGUUGCUUUGCUUUGUAUUCAAAACUGAACCAGGAUAAGGUUUUCCUGCAAUCCUCUCCUUUGGCCCUUGCGAAAUCCCUUAAGAAUCCUGUUGAGAUACAAGGACUGAAGAAUGCACAUGUACGUGAUGGGGCAGCUGUGGUACAAUAUCUUAUUUGGCUGGAUAAACAGAUGCAGGAAAUUUAUGGAGCAUCCGGUUACUUUAUUGACAGCGAGGUCAACGAUAAGGUUCAACUGAGGACAACAAAACUCACUGAGGUGUCUGUAAGUGAUAAACUCGAGGAAUUCCGUGCAUCUAAAGAGCAUUUUAGGGGGCUGAGUUUUCCAACUAUCUCAUCAGUUGGCCCAAAUGGUGCAAUCAUCCAUUAUAAUCCAGAGCCGGAAACAUGUGCCGAACUAGACCCCAAUCAGAUGUACCUUUGUGAUUCAGGAGCACAGUAUCUAGAUGGAACAACUGACAUUACACGGACUGUCCAUUUUGGAAAACCUACUUCACAUGAGAAAGCCUGUUAUACCGCGGUUCUUAAGGGACACAUUGGCCUGGGAAAUGCUCGAUUUCCAAGCGGAACCACUGGUCAUGUACUUGAUGUUCUUGCACGUGUUCCUUUGUGGAAGUAUGGUCUUGACUACAGGCAUGGCACUGGUCAUGGGAUAGGCUCUUACCUAAAUGUUCAUGAAGGUCCUCAUCAAAUCAGUUUCAGGCCACCUGCUCGGCAUGUGCCAUUACAAUCUUCAAUGACUGUGACAGAUGAACCCGGUUAUUAUGAGGAUGGAAACUUUGGCAUAAGGUUGGAGAACGUUCUUCUAGUAAAAGAAGCAGAUACAAAAUUCAAUUUUGGUGACAAGGGUUACUUGUCUUUUGAGCAUAUUACAUGGGCACCAUAUCAAACGAAGUUGAUCGAUACAAGCCUCCUCGUGCCUGAAGAAGUCGAAUGGCUGAACAGCUACCACAUUAGAUGCAGGGAAAUCCUUGCUCCACAUUUGAAUACUCCUGAGAUGAAAUGGCUGGAGAAAGCUACUGAACCGAUCAGUGCUUGAGUUGAGAUCGUUUCAAUAUUUAUUCUUAGCAUUAGAAUAUUGGAACGAUGUAGUUUCUUUUUUCUUAAGUUAUAAAUUGUGAUUGUUGAAUCUACAAAGGCAUGGAUGGUUUCAUAUUUGAUUCUGGACCCGAUUUCGAUUUCGAA